AUGUUAACACAAAUAGAUCAAGUUCUUUUCCGGUUAGGAAAACCAGGUCGGUUUCAAGUGCUUGUUAUUUUCUUACUUUGCUGUGUUCAGCUUCAAACUUCCUUUAACAAAUAUUUACUGGAUUUUUACAUCGAUUCUCCUCCUCCACAUCGCUGUAAAGCUACAUCUAAUGCUACAGUAGGAGAGAGUGAACUACGACCCCUUGUGGAGGAGAAAGGAAAAAAACGAUACUCUUCAUGUGAAAUGUACGUGGAUCCAACCAAUCACAAACUUGGAACUAAAAAUUGCAUCAAUGGUUGGGAAUAUUUUACUACAGAAAUAGAAUGGACUAUCAUACCUGAAUGGGACCUCGUCUGCGAGUGGGAAUACCUUGUUACUUUGCUUCCUUAUCUUUCGUGCGGUGGCGCUAUGAUCGGAUGUCUACUCUUUGGCAUGCUGGCUGAUCGUUUUGGAAGACAACGAGUUCUAGUGACCCUUUUAAUUCUAUAUACAGGAAGUUCUGUUUCAUUGUAUUUUCUAUCUCAGUUUGUGCUUUUUUCCACUAUAAUUGGACUCGAAGGAUUCUUCAUCACGGGAGUACAGUGUAUAUCCUAUGUUUUGCUUAUGGAAACAGUUCCUACACCUUACCAUCUUCGUCUUGCCGUUUUGGUUGGUUCAUUCUGGGCCGCUGGGACAUUAGCACUCACCCUGGUGGCGUAUUUAAUACAACACUGGCGGUAUAUUCAACUAGCCAUAUCUGUACCUGGCGUUGUCUCCGUAACCUAUUUCUGGCUGUUACCUUUGUCGAUUCCUUGGCUUAUAACAAAUGGAAGAACUCUUUCUGCAGAAAACCAAAUUGAGAGACUGGGCCAUUUCAACGGUGUUACUUUAUGUCCUAGUUUCCGUUUGCAGAUUCAGAACGCCCAAAAUGUUGUCAAAUCGUCAGGAAAUGCAGCUCGUCUUACGCUAGGGGACGUGUACAGUUCAGCCAAGCUUCGUCGAUUUGUCUUUGUUCAAUAUUUUAUAUGGUUUGCUGUUAGUUUGGGUUCAAACAUCGAAGUCUCGGAGAUUCCACCACUUGACGAAAAUAAGUUUUUUCGUGUUCUUGUACGUGGUGUGGUUGAGAUUGGAACAUUGAUAUUAAUCUACUUUCUUUCACAGAGGUAA